GAGAGCGAAAAGGGGAAGGAAAAGAAAAUAGGAAAAACGAUGCGAAUGGCAGUCCCUGAUUUAUGCAUGACCCAAAUCUCCUUCCUUCCUUCCUUCCUUCCUUGAGUUCUUUACAAAAUAAUAAAUAAUCUUCACAUCAAACCAAAUUCCAUCUCUGCAAUUCCUCUAGCUUCCCAUUUCCCCUCCUCCAAUGGCCGAACAGCUCACCGAUGGUCAGAUCUCUGAAUUUAAAGAGGCUUUUAGCCUUUUCGAUAAGGAUGGAGAUGGCAGUAUCACUACAAAGGAGCUAGGAACAGUUAUGCGAUCAUUGGGACAGAACCCGACAGAAUCUGAGCUACAAGACAUGAUUACUGAAGUGGAUGCUGAUGGAAAUGGAACCAUUGACUUCCCGGAAUUUCUUACUCUUAUGGCUAGAAAAAUGAAGGACACGGACUCUGAGGAGGAGUUGAAAGAAGCUUUCAGGGUUUUUGACAAGGAUCAAAACGGAUUCAUAUCUGCAGCAGAGCUUCGUCAUGUGAUGACGAAUCUGGGUGAAAAACUGACAGAUGAAGAAGUUGAUGAAAUGGUACGCGAGGCUGAUGUAGAUGGUGAUGGACAAAUCAACUAUGAGGAGUUCGUCAAAGUCAUGAUGGCCAAGUGAGGAUCAAUAUUCAACCCAAUACUAAAGUUUCCAACUUCAUAAAUUUCCGGAGAUUUCUACUUCUGGUUAGGACCACCAUCAUCUUGUUUCAUGUUCUGCUUUUUUUUUCUUAUUAUUAAUUCUAUCACUAAUUCUUCGCCUUUUUCUUGCUCUCACCCUAGAAUAGAACAGCUUUUAGAUCUUUCACAACUUCACUUCUAAUUAUAAUUUCCAUGCAUAUUCAUUUGCCUUUGAUGAUUCUCCAUGAUCCAUCAUCCUUUUAGUGACUUGUUUCCUCAAUAACACAUUUUACAGUCUAAUUUAAGUUUCUUCAAAUAAAAUGUCAGUGGUGCUUG